AUGUCACGCGACCCGAAGAGACCGAAUGUUGUGCUUGCCCUCGCCGACAAUCUCGGCUGGGGCGAAUUGGGCUGCUAUGGAGGAGGCAUCUUGCGCGGAGCUGCCACCCCCAGAAUCGACAAGCUCGCGACCGAAGGCCUAUUACUGCACAACUUCAAUGUCGAGAGCGACUGUGUACCUACGCGGUCAGCCCUCAUGACAGGCAGGCAUCCGAUCCGCACGGGCUGCCGCCAGUCAGUCCCGGCCGGCUUCCCUCAGGGGUUGACUCCUUGGGAGAAGACGCUGGCCGAGUGUCUCAAGGACAACGACUACGCGACCGCGCACCAUGGGAAGUGGCAUCUUGGCGACAUUCCCGGCCGAUACCCAUCCGAUCGAGGGUUUGACGAGUGGUUCGGCAUCCCGCGCACGACAGACGAGACCCAGUUCACAUCUGCGAUCGGAUACACGCCCGAGGUGGCCGAGCUGCCAUACAUCAUGAAGGGAAAGGCCGGCGAGCCUUCUGAGAACAUCUGUGUCUACGACCUGGAGAAGAGGAGAGACAUUGACCACAUGCUGGUCGAACAGUCCAAAGACUGGCUCUCGCGGCAGGUAGAAGCCGAGAAGCCCUUCUUCCUCUACCAUCCCCUCGUCCACCUUCACUUUCCCACGCUUCCGCACAAAGACUUUGCCGGGAAGACUCAGCAGGGUGACUUUGCUGAUUCGAUGGCUGAGAUGGACUACCGAGUAGGCCAGCUCAUCGACCAUCUCGACUCUCUUGGGGUCAGAGAAAACACCGUCUUCAUCUUUGCCUCGGACAACGGCCCCGAGUUCAGAGAGCCAUAUCGGGGCACCGCUGGGCCUUGGUCGGGGACGUACCAUACCGCGAUGGAGGGAAGUCUUCGCGUCCCGUGCAUUGUAAGGUGGCCUGGCAAGGUACCUGAAGGUGUCACGUCAAACGAAAUCGUCCACGUUACGGAUCUUUUCACCACCGUCCUGUCUAUAACUGGGUCCCCCUUGCCAUCAGACCGCCCAAUUGAUGGCAUCGACCAGACGGAAUUCUUCCAGAAGCCGACCGAGGUCAAAUCGCAGAGACUCGGUUUCUGCUUCUACCUGAAGGAGGAAUUGCGCGCCAUCAAGUGGAAAGACUGGAAGCUACACUACGUAUGGGAGCCAAAGGUCAACCAGUCCUCUGGGAAGCUCGAGUCACCAUAUCUCUUCAACACGGUCAGAGACCCAAAGGAGGAGUCGGACAUUCUGGCCUUCAAUACUUGGGUCCUACAGCCGAUGACAAAGCUCAAGACAGAGUUUUUGAGAAGUCUGAAAUAUGACCCUGCGCCGCCUGACCCGCUGAAGGAACUGUGA